AUGGAGGCAGCGGAGACAGAAUUAAAGGAGAUUCCAUCAACAAGGAAGUGGGUAGAAAAUGUUUUCAAAAAAUCAAAUAGGGAGGAAGGACAAGGAGAUACGUUAGAACAAGUAAAAGAGAGUAUGAAGGAGACAAAUCAAGAACAAAAAGAAAGGACAUCAGGAGAAAUGGGGAAGAGUUCAGCAUUAAUAGUAUGGCAGCCAAGUUAUAAAAUGAAAUAUGCCCAAAAGAAAGUUUUACCACAUCCAAUAAGCAUAAUUGAGCCAAGGGAUCUGUCUCCAAGACAAAUUGCUGAACUGAAAUGUGGAUUCAAAAAAGGAAGAACAGGACAAUCGAUUGUACCACUUCAGAGUAAUAGAAGACAUCAUUUUCAAUCUAUAGCCCUGCUGGAACCUUUUCAAGAUCCAGGAGAAAUAGAGCAUUACAAAAGAAGACUUGGCUUUGAUAGAGCGACAGUGAACUCAUCUGCUAAGAUGUGGGUUUUUUGGAAAGAGCAUUGGAAUGGGCAGGCGAUUGUAGAUAGCUAUCAACAAAUUACAGUGAAAUUUUGCUAUCACAGCAAGUUCUUUAGUAUUACUUAUGUGUACGCACGAUGUAAUGCUAUGGAACGAUUGGAGUUGUGGGAGGACAUAGAGAGUGUGGCAGUAUCUAGUACAGAGUCGUGGUUGGUGGGAGGGGAUUUUAACGUUAUUUUAAAUGCAGAAGAGAAACUGGGAGGGCUCCCUUUCACAUUUACCGAGGCCUCCGACUUUGCACAUUGCAUUAACAAUUGUGCACUUACUGAUUUGCAAUCAAUAGGGAGUCAAUACACAUGGUGGAAUGGAAGAAUAGAGGAGGACUGUAUAUUUAACAAGCUUGAUAGGAUUCUGGUAAAUCAAGAAUUUUUGGAAUUAAUGCCUAGCAACAAGGUUCAACAUCUGAUAAGGCAAGGCUCUGACCAUGCUCCGUUAUUAGUCGAAUGUAAUUUAGCGGAUAUGAAUGUCAUCAAGCCAUUCAAAUUUCUUAAUUUUUGGACUAAACAUCCUGAAUAUCUGGAAGUUGUGAAAGAGGCCUGGCAGAUCGAUUUUGUGGGAGAUCCUUUCUCGGAAUACCAUGCUAAGAUGAAGAGAGUGAAGAAGGCUCUAACUGAAUGGAGUAAAAAAAUGUAUGGGAACAUUUUUGAAAAAAUGGCAACGUUAGAAGACUUGGUCAGGGUUAAAGAAAUACAAUUGGAGAUCAGUCCUACGAAAGGAAAUCGAUGGGAGAAGGAAAAAGUUGCAUAUUGGAGAAAUACACACAGAUCAGGGGGAAUUGGUUACUACAGAGGAACAAAUUGGUGCAUAGCGAAGGAAUUUUAUGAGAGUCAGUUCAAAGAAACAGAUGUGAUGACACAUCCUGAGAUGCUAGACAAUAUCCCAUGUCUAAUUACACAAGAGCAAAAUGAUAAGAUCAGUAAAGUUCCAACCAGUGAGAAGGUGAAAAUAGUAGUCAAUGAACUAAAUGGUGAUAGCACUAGUGGACCGGAUGGUUUCUCUGGAACUUUUUUUCAGAAGAGUUGGGAGAUUAUAGGAGACGAUAUAACUAAGAUGGUUCAAGCCUUCUUUUGUGGACAAAGACUGCCAAGAUUCAUUACACAUACGAAUCUAGUCCUAAUCCCUAAGAAGGAGAGUGUUAAAGCUUUUGCGGAUUUAAGGCCAAUUAGCCUUAGUACUUUUGCCAAUAAAAUCAUAUCGAGAAUGCUUCAUGAAAGAAUGGUGAAGGUCCUUCCGAGGCUGAUUUCUGCGAACCAAACAAGCUUCAUAAAAGGAAGAAGUAUUACAGAGAAUGUGUUGCUUGCACAAGAGAUUAUUAGAGAUAUUGGGAUCAGGAAUAAGUGGCAGAAUGUGGUGGUAAAACUGGAUAUGGCAAAGGCAUAUGAUAGAGUCAUGGUUAUUUCUCGCAAAGGUUUUGAGGAAAUUUGGCUUUUCGGAGAUUCUUAUUGA